GCAUUUCGGGAUAUGUAGUCUUCGUGACCGAUGAGUAGCCAGAUCAGUUGUCAUCCUUCUCUUUCGUAGAUUUUUGAUUGAUACAGUGGCAUCCAUAUCUAGGUUUGUGUAUAACUCGAGUCCACUCGACAAAUGUUACUUGUAAAAGUUUCAUUGUUAUCCCGUGAUAUCUGUAGGAUAUUUACUCAAAUGACCUCGACGUGCAACUCUGUACAAGGCAAGGGCUGUCAGUGCUUCCGCGCAAGCGCAUAAUGAGCGACUGGCUAUCAAAUUGGUAAAAAGCCGUGUGAAAAUGCAUAAGCUGAAGUCUUCGCAAAGGGACAAGGUCCGGCAGUUCAUGUCCUUCACGCAGGCUGGGGAGAAGACUGCUGCUUACUGCCUGACCCAGAAUGACUGGAAACUAGAGCUGGCCACAGACAACUACUUCCAGAACCCAGACCUCUACUACAAGGAAUCCAUGAAAACCCCUGUGGAGAAGAAGAAGCUGGAACAGCUCUACAACCGCUACAAAGAUCCCCAGGAUGAGAAUAAGAUAGGCAUCGAUGGCAUCCAGCAGUUCUGUGAUGACCUCACCCUGGACCCGGCCAGCAUCAGCGUCUUGGUGGUGGCGUGGAAGUUCCGGGCCGCCACCCAGUGCGAGUUCAGCAAGAAGGAGUUCCUGGAUGGCAUGUCCGAACUGGGGUGCGACAGCCCAGAGAAGUUGAAGGCUCUUCUUCCCAGGUUAGAACAGGAGCUGAAAGACAGUGGCAAGUUCAAGGACUUCUACCAGUUCACAUUCAACUUCGCCAAGAACCCUGGACAGAAGGGUUUAGAUCUAGAGAUGGCUGUGGCCUACUGGAACCUGGUACUGACAGGCCGCUUUAAGUUCCUGGACCUCUGGAACAGGUUCUUGUUGGAACACCACAAACGGUCGAUUCCCAAAGACACAUGGAACCUACUCUUGGAUUUUGGCAACAUAAUCGCAGAUGACAUGUCAAAUUACGACGAGGAGGGGGCGUGGCCAGUCCUCAUAGACGAUUUUGUGGAAUUCGCCCGGCCGAUCGUAACAGGAUCCAAACGCAAAACCCACUACUAACAACUCAGCUCUUGAAAGAGGGGCAGGACUUUGGUUCCUCUUCAUUGACUUUGUAGGAUUUCAAAAAAAUAUAUUUUUAAGAGGAAACAGAGAAACACUUGAAUCUGUGACACUGCACAACUAUCAGGUAACCAACCUAUGAGGGAAGAGUGAGAGGAAAACACAGGAAGCAAGGCUUUAUUUCUAUCCUUGUUUGAUGGGAGUCGCCACAUGCACAUUGCCAGCUGGCAGUACAUGUCCCAGCCUGAGGGCCAGCUGGGAAGAGGCCUUGGGGAUAUCAGUGUUCCAGGCAAUGCUUCCUUUGGAAUCUCAGUAUUCCAGUGAAGAGGAGAAAAGGAGAGAUGCCUCCCCUGGCACAGUCUCGCUCUCUCUCACAGCUCUGAGAAUUCGGAUUUACAAGUGUGAAAAAAUGUUGUGUGUUUUUGGGGUUGAUCCUUGUUAGUUAGCUUUGUGUGGCACGCAGGGCUCUGAGGGGACUGUUCAGAACAGGCCUUGUUUCUAACACAAACACUUUGGGACAGACUGAGCAGCUUGCAUCGUUUGCUCACAACACCAGCGUCAACAAAACUGUUAGUUAUAUACUGUAUAUAUUAUACUGUCUUUUAAAACAGUAUGUACAGAGAAUUAUAUAAAGAAUAAUAUAAAUAAGUUACAUUUAUGAAUAUAAGAGAUUCAUCUUUUUGUGUAAAUUAAAAAAAAAAAAAAAAAGAUCUGGUAUAUGAUGCCUCAAUAACAUUUGAUAGAAUUUUAGGUCUGGUGUGUACCAAGUCAUCAUUUUAUUUGAACGUUUGGGUUUGAAAAAUGGCAACAUUCUGUGUUUUAGAAUCUUCUUUUGGUUCACUGUGUUAUAUUUGUUUUAAACAAAUACAUUUCAGCCAUUUUAAGUAAAUGGACCAUGCCUCUAAAUGUUUGUCCCAUUCGACAUGUGUAUAUUAGGGAAAGGCUGUUCAUUCUGGCCCGCAAAGACUGAAAUACUGUUCUGUUCUUCCUGGUUGUUUUUGGAGGUUUGGAUAAAACAAAUGUAAUGCAAUGUCUGCAGGCCAAUUAAUGACACUAAUUUGUCAAUUAAGUGUAGGCACAACAGACAAGCAGGACUGUGGCCCUCAAUGGCUGUGAAUUGUGCACUUCUGCAUUACGUAAUUUCAACACGCCAAAAACAGAACCACGAAGCAGUCACUGGGGGGUACUGUUUGUCAUGCGUGUGUGUGCGAGAGGGAGCGCUUUGGACAGUGCUUACGUGUGUUGAAAAGGACCCUGCUGCCCAUCCAUUUUAGUAUUAACGCCUUUGUGACACGCAUUAUUUACACCUUGUCAUUCAUUAAUCACACAGGUAUUGUUAGUUUGGAAAGGAAUAUUGAAUAAAGCAUGUUUUUAUCAGAAAUUGA